ACGAACUCGACCCCACAUGAUUCUCUGCGGGAAGAUCAAUCGUCCAGACUUAGCUUUCAGAAUACCUGUAAACCUUGUACGUCAUUUUCUUCUCAUUCCCUAAACCACUACUUCUUCCUCCUCCUCCUCCUCCUCCUCCUCCUCUUCAUACUUGCUUCCUACGCCAUGGCCCUUCCUUUUCAACUUUCUUUCCACUCUCUUUUCUACUCUUCGUUCAUCAUCAUGCUUUGAAAACACUGCCUACGCUUCUGGAAAGGGAAAGACCUUUGGCAAUGUCUUCAAAAAAGAAAAUUUCCAUGGCUUUUAGUGCAACGAGAUCCUUAGGAAUCCCUGAUGACCAAAUUAAACCAAUCUUGAGGGAUCUUCUAAAGAUGUAUGAUGGGAAUUGGAAACUCAUUGAAGAAGACAAUUAUCGCACUCUUCUAGAUGCUUAUUUUGAGCACAAGGAAAACGAGGGACUAGAGGGAAACAGAAGCUGUCCUGUGGAAGACAAGGAGUCUCUGAUACCACUGAAGAGACCACGCGAUGGAGAACAACAGAAUCGAGCUUCGUUUAUCAUUGGUAGCUCAGGCCAUAAAUUAGUUGCUAGAAAGGAUAAAAUUUCUGAAGUACAUGCUGGGCAUAAAACUACAAUCUCAUCUAAUGACUCUGAACAAGGAUUAGUCAUUAGGUCCAGCGAAAGGAUGCCAUCAGUGAAACCCGUUUCGGUAUUUUAUCCAGAUAAGAUUGCAUUAACAAAUGCUAACACUGUAAGCAAUUCAUAUCAGAAAGGCUCAAGUUCUUCUCAGUGUGUGAGGCCAUCGAGUACUGCACUUUUUCAAGAUCAAAGUACUGGUUAUAGUAGAAAGCGUAAAAUUUCCUCUGAGCAUGUGAGGUUAAUUGCUUGUGAUCAGCAUAACAGACAAAAUACAAAUAAUUCUUUGCAUCACAUGCAUGACUUGACAAAGGGUGCAGAGAAAGUCAAAAUAUCUUGGGUUAAUGAAUUAGGAAAUGACUCUAUCCCUAAGUUCAAUUAUAUACCAAACAAUAUAAUUUUUCAAAAUGCCAGUGUCAACGUUUCACUGGCUCGGAUUUCAGAGGAUGAUUGCUGUUCAAGUUGCUCAGGCAAUUGCCUUUUAUCAUCUUAUCCAUGUGCUUGUGCUCGUGAAACUGGUGGGGAAUUUGCUUAUACACGAGAAGGCCUGCUGAAAGAAGAAUUUCUAAAUCACUGUAUGUCUAUGGGAUGCGAACCUAAGAAGGAGCAUCUCUUCUUUUGUGAAGACUGCCCAAUUGAAAGGUUAAAGAAUGACUACAAGCCUGAUCGAUGCAAGGGUCAUUUACUUAGGAAGUUUAUCAAAGAAUGCUGGAGAAAAUGUGGAUGUGAUAUGCAGUGUGGUAAUCGAGUUGUACAAAGAGGUAUUUCUUGCAAACUGCAGGUUUAUUUUACUUGUGAAGGAAAAGGAUGGGGUCUCAGAACACUAAAAGACUUGCCAAAAGGUUCUUUUGUUUGUGAAUACGUUGGUGAGAUAUUGACAAAUACGGAGUUGUAUGAACGAAAUCUGCAAAGCUCUGGUAAUGAGAGGCAUACGUAUCCCGUAACUCUUGAUGCAGACUGGGGCUCAGAGGAACUUUUAGAGGAUGAUGAGUUACUUUGUUUGGAUGCAACGUAUCAUGGAAAUGUUGCGAGAUUUAUCAACCACAGAUGUUCUGAUGCAAAUUUGAUCGACAUUCCUGUUGAAGUCGAAACUCCUGAUCGCCACUACUAUCAUCUUGCUUUCUUCACUAGCAGGGAAGUGAAAGCCCUGGAAGAGCUUACAUGGGACUAUGCAAUCGACUUCGAUGAUGAAGAUCAUCCUGUGAAGGCAUUUAAAUGCUGUUGUGGAAGUCCAUUUUGUCGAGACGCGAAGAAGAAACGCAAAGCAACACUUGUAUAGGUUGCACGUUGACGAAUAAACGAGAUCACUCCUUCAGCUUGGGUUAUUUAUCUGAUUCCUCAGAAUUUGUCCUUCGAGGUGAUGGACCAAUUACUGCAAGAAUGAGAAAGUACCGUAGGAUUGUUACGUGCAUCAGUACGUAUGUCCAUAUUUUCUCAAUUUUAGAACUUGUUCAUAUACU